AAUUGCGGUAACCGUGCCACGUCAGUUGUUCAUUUUCAAUGAUCUUAAAAGCCGUCUGCUUUGAGAACUGGGGUUUGCCACUCUCAGAAGCAACUCUGGAAUUCAAGUGAAUACAUAAUUUGGUAUUUGGGUAAUGGCUUAUAUCCCUCCACAUAAGAGGCAUUUGACGGAUGCAUCCACGCCAUCCCCUACUCCAGAUUUUCUCGUUCCUCAAUUUAGUAAAAAUCUAAAUCUGAGCUCAUCUGGAUCUAAUGUAGAUAGGAGGAAGGAGAAACGAGCUUUGAAGGAAAGGAAAAUUGUUUAUGCGAACCAUUCAUUAUCUAGAUGGUGUGUUGUUGGUCUGACAGAUGAUAAACAGUUUCCUGCUUAUGUUGGUCUGGAGCCGACUUCCUUGGGAUCCAUUGAGCGCAAAACAGGAGAGAAGCCGCUAACUUUAGUUGAUAGUCGUCGAGGAAAAGAGAAUAGUGAUGCAGGAGGAAACAUUUCAAAAAGCCCAUGGGUAUAUGUGGCAGAAAAUGUUCAACAAGACCUACUUUCUUAUUUUGAAAAUGUGAGGAAUGAGAUGGAGGUCAACAAUGUGGAAGAAGUAAAACCAUCACUGACUGCUAAAUUUGGAAAAAUUCUUUUUCAUGGUGACCCUUCAGUUGGAACAGAAUCUGUUAGGAAGAAUUUAGUAACAGAAGUCAAAUUAAGACAAUUGAAGAGGCAAUUUUAUACAAACGUGCCAUCUUCUUAUGUCAAAAAUAUUAUAGAUGGAGUUGUACCAAAGAUUGGAGUCAAUUUUGAGGAGGAAAAGGAGUUAUACCAAAUAAAGUUGUCUGACAUCACCAGACCAGAUUCCACGAUUUCAUGCAAAUGCUCUGUAACUCAAGAUGAAAAAAAGCUCAAACUCUAUAAGAUUGAAUUAAAUCAAGUUCGUCAUUUGGUCAUAGACAUAUCUUGUCUUGAUAAGAAUCUUGACCUGAGGUUGAUGCUAUCUACCAAGAGGAUCUUAACAUCUCUGACUGAUGACGAGAAGCAGAGUAUAAGCAAUCUGAUUAGCUCUGCCAUUCUCGAUCCAGAUGUGAAGGGUGGGUUGAGAUGGCCCUUUGGGAAGGAGUCUUCUGGAGAUCGAUACAGUGUUAUUGGUGUCUGGCACAUCAAAGCUAAAGCUUAUACAAACUCAUCAGUGAGGCUUAGAGUGAGGGAUGCCGAUCGAUUUGACUUCAGGUCAUCAGCAGGGGAAGUGGCAAGGGAAAUUACUCUGAAGAUGACAGGAUUAGUAUCACAAUUACGGCUUGAUCAACCUGAGCAUAACCCAUACAUUUUUCUCUAAUCCGGGCUUAACUUGAUUUUAACCUGAGCUUGGGAAAAAGUUUGGGUUGAGCUUGGGUUGGGCUUUCGGGCAAAUGUGAUCUUUUUGUGGGUGGAACUUGGGUUGACUAUCGGACUUAUCCUGCUCGAGUUGUGCCCCUCCGCUUGGUUUACCAUUUUGUUUCCAUGGAAUGCUAAACCCACCGGAUUUGCUGCUAAUCUGUAAUUUCUUCAUGGCCUUGUUGGGUUUCAAUUUUCAGGAACAGAAGGUUGAAGUGGAGUCAGUUUCUGAUCAGCUUAAAGACACCUUAAAACUGGUAUGGGACCAUUUCUUAAGCUCUGCUUGUUCGUUCACUUGAACAGUAGUAUGUGAUGGAUUUUAAGUCUUUCCUCCUCUUUGUUCUUGUAAAUUUUUCGGAGUCUGUCUUUGAGAAAGAUGUAAUGUAAUUGUAGAAGAGAAGAUUAUUACACUUUUAAUUUGGGUUUUAGUAUUGUUGUGCUUGAUGCGAAUAUCAGAUUGUUUUCCCUUCA